UGUCGCGACGUCUCAAAGUGGUCGUGAAAUCCACAAAAACAUUCUUCCUUUUACACCUGUUCAGCGUUCCCUAAAGACUACAGGGGUCUUGUAGGCUCGUGUGACGUCAUGAAUACCGGCUUCCUCUUCCGGUGUCUUCCUCUUUACGCAUCCCUCUCUACAUCGCCAUCCAGGAAGUAUCAGCAAUGCUCAUGUCUCCCCUGAAAUGUUCCUGAUGAAAGAACCCCAGCGUAUGAUCAAACAACCAGUCCAGCCACAAAACUUUCAGAUGAGGGAAGGCGUUAGAGGGCUCGUGGCGCGGUUCCGUCAAGUCAACACGAGCAGCGACUGUUUGUCUUUACAGAAAAAAAUGUACCCUUCUUCCAGACAAGUGUCCGCAAUGCUGGUGGUGAUCAUGACGUUGCUGACGGCGGUGCGAACAAGUGUUAUCGUUCUCCACGCCGAGCCAAUACUCGUAAGGCAAGACGCAGUCCCACAUUAUUUACCAGAGAUGCCUAUCCCACCAGAUGGCCCGCAGGAUCCAGGUAUACCGUGGCCUCAUAGUAGGGAGCGCACACACAUAUUCGACCCUUAUUGUGACCCAACAGGAUGGAACCUCAAACCGUCAGCAAAUAGUGGACGUGUUCACACACAUGCCUCGGUCCAAGACAGCAUUGGCCAAGCUUCACAAAACCCUUCUGGCAAGAUUAGUAAAGGCAUCGUGAUGAUACCUGGUGUUACAUGGAGUAAAAAUGUCGAUGGACGUGUUUACAAAGAUGCCUUGGUCCAAGUCAGCCCUGAACAAGCUUCAAAAACUCCAUCGGGUUACAGGACGAGUAGUAAAUCCAUUCGAAGGACAGCUGGUGUUACAUGGAGUACACAAGUCAGUGAUGGUGGACAUGCUGACGAAAAUGCUUCAGUUCACGUCGGUGCUGGCUCAGCGUCAUGGAGACCUGGUGGCAGCUUUAAACAGGGUAGUCAUGAUGUUAGCAGGAUGUCGGGUGUUCCUUGGAGGAGAACAGUUGUGGAUGGUGGUCGGUUUCCCGGCUCGACAGGGAAUAUUGCAAUGGGUACAAAACAUUUUGAUUUUUCCACAAACCCCAUGGCGGAUUCCAUUGGAAACGUGUUCCCUUUCAACAGGCCCAUGCUAGAACCGGGGGCUCCGAAACCAGGCUUGGUUCUGUUUCGCCAUCAUCAUUUCCAUGGACAAUGGCCUGGACACAGCCACGUACAUGAACAUUCUAGUGGGUUAGGGAGACAGCGCAGCUCCCAAGCAAGUCAACCUUCACCACUCACUCUAAAGCGUUUGUUGGUGACACCUAAACCAACAACUGGUGUGCUAUCUCUACUGGUAGGCCAAUUUCAUCAGACUUCAGCAACCGCUGACAAACCCAUAGCUGGAGAAACACGUCCAACUGGUGCAUCUACGCUGUCUACGACAACCAACGACUCCAUGAUAACCAACAAACAUUCCUUGACAGAGAAGACAGACAUGUCUACUCAUCCUCUUAUAGCUUCUGGUAAAAGUAACAACGAUAGAACACACACGAUGUCCAAUAAAGGUUACAGAAACGUCCAUGACUCAAAUGGAGGACAAAGAACAGUUGAAAAUGUAUCAGUUGUCACUGCUUCGGGCUUCGUACGUACACCACAGCAAAGCAUGUCUGAUGUAAAAACACAAGGACUUAAUCCUGCCUCGCGUGGGAAUGGACCAUUGAAAAAACACUCUUUGUGGGAAUUCGGUUUGCCAAGAAGUACUUUUAGAAAAGACGGCAAUUUUGAAAGACAGUCUACAAGCAAAACCAUUGACUCCGCAUCAAGAAAUAUUUUCUCUCAAACAACAUUAAGAAAGUCGUUACUAGAUGCUACUCAAGGUGGGAAUAUAAACAUGGCUUUAUCUACAACAGACACUGUCAUGCCGCUUAAAAUAAGCAGCGCCACACCGUUUGAAGUAAGUAAUAUUACUCCAUUUGACGUAACCACUGCCACAACCUUUGAAGUAAGAACGGCCAAACCGCUUGAAGUGAAUAAUGCGACACCCUUUAAAGUAAGAACCGCCACAUCCCCUGAAGUCAGCACUGCGGCACCCUUUGAAGUAAGAACAGCCACACUCUUUGAAGCAAGCACUGUCCAAAACUCUGCACUGAGCACAGGUCUACCUUCAGCAACGAGAACAGACGGUUCCUCUGUGAUGGCUCCGACGGCUGACGUACACGAUGUAGAAAGUAGACAGUUUGAGGGUUUUGUCGUUGGUUCAUCUGGCACCUUAGCCUCCAAUACCUUACUACACGAGAGACUUCACAGUCAGUGGCACUCUCUGGGGCAGCGUAUGCAUCAGAUAGCCAGUCAGAUCAACGGUGGUGGAGCGGGCACGCAACAGACUCGGUGAAAGAGCAUUUCGGCUCAGCUCGUCUUCAUUUUGUGGCUGCCACAACACAACGUAACAAACUGCAGAGUAGGUAGACUACAAGUACAUCUGUUCACGGCGGCAACACACAAGCGACGAGGAUCUUCUGGGUGUCUAAUGGGUACAUGCUGUUCCCGUUGAGGGACUCCGAGUGAUAAACUGUAAAUGAACCAGGAAGACCGCUGGACUAUGCCAAAAAGGCCAAGAUCAUCCUGAGAGUUAUAUGGUUUACUAAAUACCCUCGUGUUGACUGGAACUAGCAAAACAUUUCUCAGACUUAGCGAC